GCAGAUGUUCUUGCAAUGAUUAAAACAUUAAACAAAGGUAAAAAAGGUAAAAUUGUAUAUAAAGUCCUAAUUGAAGACACACCAAAAGUACAAAGAACUAGAGAGAAUUUACAAAUAAACAUUGAUCAGGAUUUAGGUGCAUCCACACUAGAGAUUG